UCACCGGAGCAGGGGAAACCGGGGGAGAGCGGCGCGUCGGCCCAGGGGGAGUUUUACUCCACGCAGAGGCAGAGAGAGCGAUCACUGGGUGCCGGGUUUUCCGGACAGAGACCUCAUGAAUGGAAAUCGGAACAACAGGAGCCGUUGGAGCCCAAGCCGUUGGAGCCCAAGCUGUUGGAGCCCAAGACCUCUUUGCGUUGCCACGACGACCGGGCUAUGGCACUGUUGGGAAGCCCAUCAAGCUUCUGGCCAACUGCUUCCAAGUGGAAAUCCCCAAAAUUGACGUCUACCUGUAUGAAGUGGAUAUUAAACCUGACAAAUGUCCUCGCAGAGUCAACAGGGAGGUGGUGGACACCAUGGUUCAGCAUUUCAAGGUGACCAUCUUUGGUGACCGCCUGCCGGUUUACGAUGGGAAAAGGAGUCUCUACACCGCGAGCCCACUUCCUGUCGCCACCAGUGGUGUGGAUCUGGAUGUCACCCUGCCAGGUGAAGGAGGGAAGGACCGCCCGUUUAAAGUCACCAUCAGGUUUGUGUCGUUGGUCAGCUGGCACUUGCUGCACGAGGUCUUGACUGGACGUGCUAUGGCUGAACCUGUGGACCUGGAGAAACCCAUCAGCACUAAUCCUGUUCACGCUGUGGACGUCGUCCUUCGACACCUCCCCUCCAUGAAGUACACCCCCGUUGGACGGUCUUUCUUCUCCUCCCCAGAAGGCUAUGACCACCCACUGGGUGGGGGGCGAGAGGUUUGGUUUGGUUUCCAUCAGUCAGUACGGCCGGCCAUGUGGAAAAUGAUGCUCAACAUUGAUGUGUCAGCCACAGCCUUUUACAAAGCUCAGCCGGUCAUUCAGUUCAUGUGUGAGGUCCUGGACAUUCACAACAUUGACGAGCAGCCCCGCCCACUCACCGACUCCCACAGGGUCAAGUUUACCAAAGAGAUCAAAGGUCUCAAAGUGGAAGUGACACACUGUGGAACCAUGCGUAGGAAGUACAGAGUGUGCAACGUGACACGACGCCCUGCGACCCUCCAGACGUUUCCUUUGCAGCUUGAGAACGGUCAGACAGUGGAACGCACAGUGGCGCAGUAUUUCAGAGAGAAGUACAGUCUGCAGCUGAAAUAUCCCCACCUGCCUUGUCUGCAGGUGGGCCAGGAGCAGAAACAUACCUACCUGCCACUGGAGGUUUGCAACGUUGUAGCUGGUCAGCGCUGCAUUAAAAAACUAACCGAUAACCAGACAUCGACUAUGAUAAAAGCAACUGCUCGUUCAGCACCAGACAGGCAGGAGGAGAUCAGCAGGCUGGUGCGGAGCGCAAAUUAUGAGGCCGACCCAUUCGUCCAAGAGUUUCAGUUCCGCGUCCGGGACGAGAUGGCUCAGGUGUUGGGCCGCGUACUGCCGGCCCCCAUGCUGCAGUAUGGCGGCAGGGUGAGCUCUGAACCAUUUAUGCCCCAGCAGAUAAACCCUGCACUGUCGUUCCAGAACCGCACGGUGGCCACACCCAGCCACGGGGUGUGGGACAUGAGGGGGAAGCAGUUUCACACCGGAGUGGAAAUCAAGAUGUGGGCCAUCGCCUGCUUUGCCACCCAGAGGCAGUGCAGAGAGGAGAUCCUCAAGAGCUUCACUGAACAGCUGCGGAAAAUCUCAAAGGAUGCUGGGAUGCCAAUCCAAGGCCAGCCGUGCUUCUGCAAAUACGCCCAGGGAGCUGACAGCGUGGAGCCCAUGUUCAGACACCUGAAGGACACCUACGCCGGGCUGCAGCUCAUUAUCGUCAUACUGCCAGGGAAAACACCCGUCUACGCUGAAGUGAAACGCGUCGGGGACACCCUCCUCGGCAUGGCCACGCAGUGUGUCCAGGUGAAGAACGUCGUGAAAACGUCUCCACAGACGCUCUCCAACCUCUGCCUCAAGAUCAACGUCAAACUGGGAGGAAUCAACAACAUCCUGGUUCCACACCAGCGGCCGUCUGUGUUCCAGCAGCCUGUCAUCUUCCUCGGCGCGGACGUCACUCAUCCUCCUGCCGGUGAUGGGAAAAAACCAUCUAUUGCAGCGGUGGUGGGCAGCAUGGACGCCCACCCCAGCAGGUACUGCGCUACAGUGCGAGUCCAGAGGCCCAGGCAGGAGGUCAUUCAAGACUUGGCGUCUAUGGUGCGAGAGCUUCUGAUCCAGUUCUACAAAUCAACGCGUUACAAACCGACCAGGAUCAUCUUCUACAGGGAUGGAGUGUCCGAGGGCCAGUUCAGACAGGUGCUGUACUAUGAACUGCUGGCCAUCAGGGAGGCUUGCAUCAGUCUGGAGAAAGAUUACCAGCCGGGGAUUACGUACAUCGUCGUACAGAAACGCCAUCACACGCGCCUCUUCUGUGCUGAUCGCAACGAGAGGGUUGGACGAAGUGGAAACAUUCCUGCCGGCACCACAGUGGACACAGACAUCACUCACCCAUAUGAGUUUGACUUUUACCUCUGCAGUCACGCUGGGAUCCAGGGUACGAGUCGUCCUUCUCACUACCACGUUUUGUGGGACGACAACUGCUUCUCCGCUGAUGAGUUCCAGCUCCUCACCUACCAGCUGUGCCACACCUACGUCCGCUGCACUCGGUCCGUUUCCAUCCCAGCGCCGGCAUACUACGCACACCUGGUGGCCUUCCGUGCGCGAUACCACCUGGUGGACAAAGAACACGACAGUGCGGAGGGCAGCCACGUGUCGGGGCAGAGUAACGGCAGAGACCCUCAGGCUUUGGCCAAAGCUGUUCAGAUCCACCACGACACGUUGAGGACCAUGUACUUUGCCUGAACCUCCUUCCACAUCGCCUCCUCUUGUCUCAGCCUCUCAUCCAGUCUUAAGGUUUGACUCCACGCUAGGGCGCCUCUGGUGUGAGGUGAUGGCUACUGCAGGCCGCGCGAGGAAUCACAGCCACGUUAUGCAACAUGAAAACCAGCCAAUCGUUCCUGCCACUGCGUCACUUACUCCUCUCCACAUCAUCUCCAUUCUGAAUCUCCUUAUAGCCUCCAGGUUUGACGACACAAACUCAAAACUACGUUGUUGCAGGGAUUAUCGUAAUGUGCGUAUGGAUUACGGCAUAGCCGGUGGGAAAAUAUGAAAAAAAACUGACGAUUCUUUGGUGCGUGGUUGUGAACGAAGCAGAACCGGAGAAAAGUCCUGACUUCUUCACAUUGAGCCUAACGUUGCUGGUUUAUACUGUAUUUUAUUUUAUUUUAUUUUUCAGCUUUCUAGAUACUGUAUGUGUUUGUGUGUCGAGCAGAUGUGCGGUCGCCAUAGCAACAUGUGAGCGGAGUGCGACCCCCCCCCCCUUUUUUUUCCCUUUAUAACAACAGUCAUUCUUGUGUCUCCCUCAUUAAUCCAGUGGUUUAACAGUCGUGGAAUCGAGUCACGACUCUUCUCUCUCCCGACAAAGACACUGAAUGAAAUCUUUAACCUUUUUUUUGUUUUGUUUUUUUCUAAAGGAAAAGCCACGUAUAUUCUGUCCUUUUUAAAGGCUUUGUUUGUGCAUCAAUUGUUUGCAAGUCGAAUUCCUCUAAAGAGAACUGUGUUCAAUUUUAAACUUUUCUAACUCAAAUUUCAGUUUGGUGCAGCGUCUUAUACCAAAUUUAUUCUUGUAUGUUUUAUUACUCUCAUUUAUUUAUGAGUGUGUUUCUAUUUAAACUUUUAAAUUAAACACGUAUGCAGCAAUAAAAACGAAAGACGGACUGUUUUUAAUCUUCAAAUCUAUCACACCACAAACGUCGGCUUCUUCUUCUUAAAAACACGAGUUGAUGAGAGCUCCUUCAGCGCGAUGUGAGAUUCAAACGUAGAAGAAGCAGAGGGUGUUUGUCGAGUGUUUGUGUGCCACAGUGGUUUGUUGUGAGUGAGUUUUUGGACGUGACGAUGAGCGAGGAUUCAGGAAUGUGUUGUUUGUGACCGUGAUGCUGGAUCAGUAAGGAUCAGUGAGGAGGUGCUUGGAGAAAAGUGAUGAUCAAAGUGCCUGAUGUCGUUGAAACUGAGGUUGUUGGUUUCGCAUGUUGGUUUGAGUGUUGAUGCAGAAGUGCGCAGAUACUGCACUGUGUUGAAGAUGGCGCUGCAACUAACAGUUAUUUUCAUAAUCGAUUUAAUAUGUCCGUCAUUUUCUGAUGAAUCGAGGAAGUAUUUGGCCCACAAACCGAAAUUAAUUCAGUUUUAAUGGUUUCUUCAUUAAAAGGAAGCAAAGACACCUGGAUAUAGUCACAUUUAGGCAGCUGAAAAUGUGUUAAUAAACUAGUUGGCGAUUCAUUUAGUUAUAGAUUAGUCAUUGAUUAGGAAGAUUUUUUUCAUAAUUUGGUGAUGAAAUCUUUCGAUUUCAUCAUGUUUUGAUGCAGAUUCUGCACAUACAUCAUUUAUGAAUUAUACACUUAUUUUCUUUUAUCAACAAUAAUUCAAAAACAAUUUGAUCUCUUAAGGUUUCAUCAUCAUCUGAGUUUUUCCUGUUUGCACUUUUAACAAAAUUUAAUCAAAUUGGAUGUUUUUUUUAGUUUCGGUGAGUUUUUUAACUGUUUCUCAGACGUCUGAAGACGUCAAAUCAGGCUUUUUGGCUUCAGACUAUGAAAAAAAUGAUUAGUUGCAGCUCUGCUCGGUUUGUUUUAUAAGUGUUUCGGCUCCACUGAUGGAAAUCUAACAUUUUCUUGAGUAUAAAUCUCUCUUUUGGCAUGAAAUCAUGUCAAUAUGUAAUAAGUUAAUAUACAUUCAAUUAUUAUAAUUUUUUUUUUCAUAAUGAGAAUUUGAUCGUUGUUGCCAGAGUUUUGGAAACGGUACAUGUGUUUGUUUUAACAAAAACAAAAAAGAGUUAUUGAUAUUUUUCAGUGCUUGGACCAAACCAAUGUGCCUGGUGGUUGGGGGGGCAGGGGGUCGGUGUAGGACUCAAGAAGGUGUCGAUACUUGUACGGCGUCGUUCUUAAAAAUGCUGCGUCACCACAACCAAACUGUAGCUGCUAUAUUUAAUAUCAGUAGGUUUUAAAUAAAAUGCUUUAGGAGAAAUAGGAACUUAUGGUAUUUUACAUCACUUAAAAUUAGCUGGGUGUGUUUGUGGUUGAGUCCAGUUUUGAAGUCUAAAUGUUUUUAAUUCUUCGAUUGUCAGAGACGAUUGUCUCCGCUGCGUUUGUUUGUCGUUGUGUUAGAAGCCGUUUCCCGAGGUCAGACAUUACCAGCAUUUAAUUUUACUUGAAUAGUUUUAGUAGUUUUUGUGGGCAUGUUUAACAUAGUGCUCUGCUUGUUUUUCAAAGUUUAUAAUAUACAGUAUAUAUAGAUGUAAUUAUGUAUACACAGAGCCUUAUUGCAGAACCCCCCUGUUUUCCUGUCAUGAUGCCACUUCAAGCAAAUUGACUUUUAAGGCCUUGACGAGCUGAUUGAUGCCUUUUCCCCCCUUUAGGAAAAUAAAAGCCUUUUUUAAAAACUGUAAAAGGAGAUAUAUUUAUAUUUACAGAUACUAAUCGUACACAGUAAACCACUUAUUUUUCCUAUUUGAAGCAGAACAGCUGUGUUGAAAUAAUGGUCACUUUUCCCAAAUGUGACGAUGCAAAUCUCAUGCUUUGAGAAGAAAUGUGUUUUUUUUGUUGUUUUUUUUCGUUGAUCUGCUAUUUCUGAGAUUGUCGGAGAAGACGUUGCCGUUGUUUUGUCGAAGUGCCGACCCUCCUCCGUCGUGACAAACGGCUCGAUACCACUCUUUCACGUCCGAUAUACCGAUAUCACAACCUUUUACGACUGUCGGACGUAAUUCUCCAACUGUGUAACAAAUAUAAGCAGCUUAAAACAUGACUAGGCUAAAAUGCUGUCGCUGAUUUUGAUCUUUCUGAUAUCUGAUCCAGUGAUUUAUCAUUUUCUUUCCAGUAUCGGACCGAUACCAAGUAUUGCUAACGAGUUCUUGAAUUUCUACCGAUAAAUCGAUAUUAUGUCAUGAUGCAAACUUUUACCUCAUGACUUUUAAACAACUUUGCUUAAUAAUAAGUUUGUGUCGUUUCAGAAACGCAGUGUCUAACGGUGUGGCAGGCGUUUGUCGUCACGGUCACAUGACGCCAUGUCUCUUUCCAGCAUGUUGUGUCAGAUUUGACCGAUAUCUCAUACAUGAUAUCUACUGUGCUCAGCUUUAUUUCAGUGAUGAGCUGAUGCAAUACUUGUUAUCACUGGAUUGGAUAUUAAAAUGUGAUUUUAAAUGCUUCACUCGACAAAGGCAACAUCGUUUUGUUUUUAAAAUCAGAAGGUUAUAGCGGGUAGGCGUGAGAGAACAUACAGAUAUACUAAAAUAUUGCAAUAUUUCAUGGCAUCAGUUUUUAAAGUGCUGUAUAUCACAAAUAUUCUCGAUAGUGUUUUUUUUUUGGUUGCAUUUAAGCCUCCGGCCACUAGUUAGCAGCAGGCUUUCAGCCAUUUGACUCCCUCCCCCCUCCUUUAACUCUUCACCUGUCCAUAUAAUGUUAUUAAUUUCACUAUGAGAACUUUAAUUAAAAUAGUCAAUCUUUGGUGUGAAAAAAUCCGAACUGUAACAACUUGUAAACCUAGUAUAGUGAUAUACAUCGUAUCGGAAUAAAUCCAUCAGUACAAACUUCUUAAGAGGGAAAAGACUGGUGUCGAUAUCGGUAACAUCUGGUGUGAGGAAAAUCUUGAUAUACAAAACUAUUGUGAUAUUUCAUGGUAUGAUACUGUAUUAAUUCUUUAAAGCACUUGAUAGCGGUUUAAGCCUCUGACCUCUAGUUGGCAGUAGGACUUCGGCCAUUUGAUCUCAAACUAGGUAAAAAGAAAACAACCUUUAACAUUUACAUCGUAACGGGACAUGUAUCGUAUCGCUAGUGGCUUGGAGAUAAAUGUGUCACAUGAAAACUGUCGACUGGUGUCGAUAUCGGUAGAUCAUAGUAUCAGUAAUAUCGGGCGUGAGAAAAUAUUGAUAUGCAAAAAUACUGCGAUAUUUCGUGGCAUGAUACUGUAAGCCUCCGACCACUAGGCCCAAAUUGGCAUCGCAAGUGCACAAGUGUGUGCGCAGAAAUAUUGUAGCUUUUAAGUUGAGACCUUGCCAGAUUUUUGUCGCAAAAGUGGUAAAAGUCUGAUGUCGUUAUCGGUUUGUCGUAAAAUCUGACUCAGUAAAAGUGGCUUUGACUAAAUUCUAUCAUCUGAAAAGCUCACUGGAGGCAUUAAGGACUCGAUCUCGUCACACGUACGAACUGCGAGAAUCAAUUUUAACGUUGAAAAUAAAAGCGGAGGAGGGUCUGGGGAUCCUCGGACUCCAUAAAAACUUGCUGUGCCUUUUUCUCGUGGUGCUACAAGAAAGAAAAUCAAAGACUGUAAUGCAAAAAAACACAAGUAUAUAAUAUUAAUAUUAAUAAUACAUGGCGAUACUGUAAAGAGCGAGUGAGUGUGUGUGUGUGUGUGUGAUUCUGACACCAAGAACAGGAAAAUUAUGUAGAACUGAUGGGUUUGGAGUGAACAGGACCAAAAGUUCUGUGGUAUCAGUUUUGAAAAGGACAAACACAAAGACAGGGAACACGACUCGCCACUCCGUACGUAAACAAGUAGCUCAGCGUAGACUUUAUGUAGCAUAAUUUAUUUAACUAAUAUUUCUAUCGGGACUUUGACUCCCCUUUCUUUGUUUUUUCUUUCUUUCUCACUGCCUUUGAAACAUUUAUCUGCUUUAUCACUCGUGUGUGAGUGAGUGUUUGUUCUUAAAUCGACGGCAGUAACGUCGUAAGUUUCCGUGCGAACGGUUUAUUCUUCCCUCUCCGUGUGUUUGCAUGUCGCUUUUAUUUCUUUUUAAUGUGAAAUCUAAACGUUUACAAACAUCUUCCUUGUCUCCAUAUUUAACUUACGUCCCCCACAAAAAUAAAACACUUGUGUGUUUUGGCUGCAUAUCAUCAAACUCAAAACUAUCUAUUUUUGCCUGAUUAUGAAUUUGUGUCACUUUUAGAAUUUUUUUUUUUUUUGUCUUAACACUCAUGUGAUCCUGGUCCUACAUUGAGCCUUUUUAUUUGGUUGUUAUUAUAUUUAAUUGUUUGUUUUUUUUGGAAUAAAUACACUUCUGUAU